AUGAAAAGAAGAAACUGCUCUGCCACAUCCCUUCUCCUGCUACUCCUGCUUCCACUUGGGGGUUCAGAGCUGGGUGAGUGAAUUAACUUUGGAGAAGAUGAGAAGCUCCUCAGGGCCUGCAGAAAUGGGGUUGGAAUCUAUGGAGAAAAAACAUCCCGGGACUCAGGCAGGGCCAGUCUUAAGCAAAGCUAUGGAAUAAUAGGAACAAGCCAGAAUGUUUUCACUAAGAACCCAUUGAGCAGCCCUGAUGACUCACAGACAAGAGAAAAAUAUACUAGUGAUGACCUGAGGACCACUGAAGGCCUAGGCCCCACUGAUGACUACACUACUGAACCCCUGGUGACCUCUGAGGACUACACCUCUGCCGAUCCAGGGACCACCGAGGACUAUACCACUGCAGAUCCAGGGACCACCGAGGACUAUACCACUGCAGAUCCAGGGACCACCAAGCAAAUCAACCUCAUUUCCCUGGCUGACAGCACAGUGGCAGUUGCGCUCUUUGUUGGACUUGGCUUCUUUGUGGUGAGUAUUGGCCCAGGAAUGUGA